GGAGGAGGCGGGGGAGGAGGAGCAGCAGGAGUUGCCGCAGCCGCCGCGGAGCCGCUCACCUGCCCCCGCUUCGGCCCCGCCAUGGUCCGCCGGGUCGCCGCCGUCCUCCUGCUCCUCGCCCUCGGCUGCCUCCUGGGCAUCCUCCUGCUCUGCCUCGGCUCCGGGGACGCGCGGGGCCCGCCGGGCUUCAAGUAUGGCAUCGUGCUGGACGCCGGGUCCUCCCACACAGCCAUGUUCAUCUACAAGUGGCCUGCAGACAAGGAGAAUGACACCGGGGUGGUCAGUGAGCACAGCAUGUGCGAUGUGGAGGGUCCUGGCAUCUCCAGCUACAGCUCCAACCCUCCAGCUGCUGGGACAAGCCUGGUGCACUGCCUGAACCAGGCUCUGAGAGAUGUGCCCAAGGAGAAGCAUGCAGGCACCCCGCUCUACCUGGGUGCCACAGCCGGCAUGCGCCUGCUCAACAUCGCGAACAUGCAGGCUUCAGAUGCCGUCCUCAGCGCUGUGGCUGCCACGCUGAAGUCAUACCCCUUUGAUUUCCGAGGGUCAAAGAUCUUGUCGGGGGAAGAGGAAGGGGUCUUCGGAUGGGUGACUGCAAACUACCUCCUGGAGAACUUCAUCAAGCGCGGGUGGCUCGGGGAAUGGAUCCAGCCCCAGAAGAAGACCCUGGGAGCCAUGGACUUUGGGGGAGCUUCCACACAGAUCACCUUUGAAACCAGGGACACCAUCGAAGACCCCAGAAAUGAGGUGAUGCUGAAGCUGUAUGGCCAGGCAUACAAAGUGUACACCCACAGCUUCCUCUGCUACGGAAGGGACCAGGUUCUCAAGAGGCUGCUCUCAAAGGUCCUCCAGGCUGAGAGCUACCAACCAACUGUCCGCCAUCCCUGCUGGCCCACCGGCUAUGACAAGAGCCUGUCACUGAGCAGUGUCUAUGACAGCCCCUGCACGGUGAAGGAGAGGCCCAACCUUGCCCUCAACACCACUGUCACUGUGAUCGGCACCGGGAACAGCAGCCUCUGUGCUCUACAUGUCAGCAAGCUCUUCGACUUCACCACCUGCUCCUUCUCCCGCUGCUCCUUCGAUGGCAUUUUCCAGCCAGAGGUUUCGGGAAGCUUCAUCGCCUUCUCUGCCUUCUUCUACACAGUGGACUUCAUCCAGACAGUGAUGGGGAGACCUGUGCACUUGCCCAGCGACCUGAAGGAUGCUGCAAAGACCAUCUGUGCCACCAGCUGGAGUGAGCUGCUCCAGAAAGCCCCUAAACUGGAGAAGAGACUGGCGGAUUACUGCGCUGUCAGCACAUUCGUUUAUUUGCUCACCACCAAAGGCUACAACUUUGACAACCAUUCCUUCCCCAACAUUGCCUUCCAGAAGAAGGCAGGAGAAACCUCCAUCGGCUGGGCCCUGGGCUACAUGUUGAACCUCACCAACAUGAUCCCGGCAGAGAAGCCCUCUUCCCACAAAAGCAUGCUGUACAACUACUGGGUUAUCCUCAUCCUGCUCUUUGUGGUCACCACCCUGACGUCUCUGGUGACUGCUGUCUGCCUGCUCCGGCGCAGCAAGUCCAGUGCAAUCUAAUGGCAGGGACAGGGUGGGCCUUGUCUGCAGGACCCAGCACCAUCCUUCCUGCUGGAGUCUCCAUGACCUGAAUACUUGGGAUGCAGCAAGUGCUUGGAGAUGUCCUCCUCCAAUACCUGAUGAUGCCUGUCCCAGAAGGAAAGCUGUCCCUUUUUGCCCUCCUCUUGCUUUCAAGCUGCAGAAAAGGGGGGGACAGAAGAGGACCCUGACCCUGCAGGAGAAUGGCUUAAGGGUUCCCCAAUGCUACUCAGGGAUGGACCCCAGAGCAGGCUUGGGAUUUGGACAUUCAGAUCUUGGGCAUCUUUCUGCCACCAGACUUGGGCUGGACUGGUCCAGCAAGUCCAGACAACAGUGGGAUUUAUGCAUGGGGUGGGUGGGGAGUAUUAAUUACACUAGUCCUUAUAGCUGACCUCUCUAGCCUGUCCCUGCAGCAUCAGCCCUGCCUCCCAAGGAGCUCUGGCCACCAGCCAGAGUCCAUGCUGUCUUCCUGGCUGAUGCACAAGCCCCAUGGACCUUCCUGAGGGCCAGACCUUGGCCUGGACUUCCACCAGCCUCGGCACAGGCCCUUUGGGUAGGGCCUUAGCAACAACCAGACAUGGGGCGCAGACAGCUUCCAGGUCCAGCUUCAGCAGCCAAACACAGUGCCUUCCCCCUUCCUGUGGUUCCUAAACCAGUCUCGCCUUUGCCACAGCCACAGCCUCCUCCAUUCCCCCAGCAACGGUGCAAACCGUCCCUGCGGCUCCCUGGUGUGUGGCUGUGCCACCCCGUAGGUGAGGGGCUCACUGCAGGCGGGGGGAUUGGAACCCUGCAUCACCCCACACCAGGCAGCUGGGAGGAUGCGCCUUCAUUUCCCGUUGAGUAAGAACAGGGACAGACAAACAUGCAGAAGGUUUUGUUAUGUUUGUUUGUUGUGGGUUUUGGUUUUGUUGUUUUUUUUUAUAAUCAGAAAUAAAUCUUUGUAACCACU